GCUGACAGCGUCCCAGCACAAAUAGUGUUGGUAAACAGCACAAGCAACCCUGGGCACAUGACAGCCGAUAGAACAGCUGAUGUAAAUAAACAAUGCUGUCAACUGCGUUACAACUACUGGCUGUUGGCCUGCUGUGGGGCGUAACGAAUCCCUUUAUACGAUUGGGCAGCAAAGGCAUUGAGACUGUUAAGGACACGGGCUCCAGAUAUAGAAAUUUUCUUUCCGAGCUUCGAAUGAUCGGCUCUCGUUUGCAUUAUUGGGUACCUUUUGGACUUAAUCAGUGCGGAAGUCUCCUAUAUGUGUGGACAUUACGUAGUGCUAAUAUAACUAUAGCUGUGCCGCUGGCGAACUCACUAAGUUUCGCCUUCACAGCUAUAACUGGAUAUCUGCUCGGUGAACAACUGCCUGGCAAAAAAAUUAUCAUUGGAACUUUGCUUAUAUGUUGCGGCAGCAUACUAAUGAUAUAUGACAAAUUACUUCAAGAACAGCAAAUGCAAAGUAUUACUUUUGAUUAAUCCGAUUUGGUUGUAAUGCAAUUCAAUAUAAAACCAAUUAUUUAAAUAAAACAGUACUAAUACAAGAUCUAUAUAAAAUUAAAAAAUUC